AGUCCGGUCCAUGUUCUGCAACCCCGAAGACAAGAACAAAAAAAACAAGAACGAGAACCAGGACUGUGUUGCACAUCAACAUAGGAAACUGUUUUAUUCCUGGUUCUUUCAAAAUACACCAGACAUUAUGAUGAGGAGUUUGAUACUUAACGGAAGAAUGAAUGGAUUCCUGUUCUUGGUGACAGGGUGUUUGAUUUUGUGCCUACAUGACGGCAUUGACUGGUCGGACUUUGCGCCGGAUCGAUCCGCACAAAUUUCAGAAUGGACGCACCGUCCUUCACCCAUUUAUUAUCAUUUUGCUGCAGAGGCAUUUGUUCCAUUCUUUUUCAAUUUUCAUUCAAUUGUUGAGAGACGGAAUAAUGCCUGUCAACAAAGAAUUUUGACGGCGACGACGACUGGAAAUAGAGACAUUCUCCGACCAGAGGGAUCGAUAGCCACACGAAACGCAAGAUCAUGUCCACCCACAUCCUGCUGUACUAGCUCGUCAUCAUUUUUGACAGCAAAUGCUCCACGCAGAUUCACCGAGAACGCCUAUGGUCCGCUGUACGUCAACGACAGGUGCAUAAAUUGUGCUGCGUGCAGCAUGUUUGCACCCUCAGUGUUUUCCAGGGAGAGCAAAACGGAGGGCCACCACAUCGUUUCAAAGCAGCCGGUGACCGAGAAGGAAAUCGAAGAAUCGAGAGCCGCCCUUGCUGCUUGUCCCGUCGCCGCCAUUCGGGUCGAUAAGAAGCAGGAGGAACACGCCGCAAGUGCAGAAGAGAAUUCUUCGGCACCGUCGGGAUCGGUCGCCAGCCAAUUGGCGAUAAAUCCAAAAUUCAAUGGGCGGCCACUUCCUUUUCCGAAACUCAUUUCGCCGAAUCUCUCCGACGUGUUUUUCGUUGGUCAUCACAAUUCAAAAUCUUUUGGAGCUGCUCCGUAUUUACUGUCGUCUUUGUCGAAUACAGAACCGACUUGGAUCAUGGUCGAUACGCCUAGAUAUUCUGAGUCGGCUGUUCGGGCGGUGGAAUCUUUGACGGGUUCGAUUGGUCCUUCGUACUUGGUUUUGACGCACGUGGACGAUACAGCCGAUCACAAUAGCUGGAAAGACAAAUAUCCAAACCUGAAACGAAUCUUUCACGCCGGGGACUUGGGCACGCACAAUUGGAUUGGGGACGAAACCCUCGAAGACGUCGAAAUUCUGCUAACAGCUCGAUCCUCCGAUCGAUCCUUGCAGUAUUUCGAUUUGAAAGGAAAUCCAAUCGACAACGAGACCGACGGCAGCAACCACGACGUUGUCUUGGUGCACACACCUGGUCAUUCUCCGGGAUCGAUCGCGUUGCUUAAGCGAGCCUCACCGAGCAUUAAUGGCAGCGAGAGUACUAAAAACGCUCAUGGAGUUUUGUUUUCGGGAGACACCUAUUCCUACACAACGCGAGAGGGGGGUCACAUGUCGGGUUUUCCUUUGUAUGGAAACGAUGCACGGCUCCAAUCCAAAAUUCUACCCCUGUUGUUGGACCUAGAUUGGAACAUCUUGGCCCCCGGGCAUGGGCACGUGCGCGACUACACCCUCAUACAAGAAAGCCAACAGCAACAACAGUUGCAAGGCACAAAGGUAUUCAUAGAUAGCCGCGAAAAAGAGAUGGAAGCUGCAAUAGAGGAACUUUCGCGAUAUCUUUAGGCCUUUUCCGUCUUUGUGUACUAUCCAUACUCUAGUUGGAUUCCCCAGACCAAAGUCUUUAGUAAGAUUGGCGAUGUCGCAAAUCAAAUCUUCAGCUGAUCUGUGUCAAGAUUUUCCCAGAGCUUGGAUUUUUUUAAGCAGUUUCAUUUUCCUUUCUUAAUGAGAUGCACCAACGUGCAAAAAGAUGCCAUAGUUUACGAUCAUCAUUUUUUUCCAAAGCUGGGACUUCUAUUUGCCUCUUUAUCUCCCUGAGAAGAUGCAACAGCACAGACAACAAAGGCAGGGACCAUGACAAUGAUGAGCAUGUAGUGGAGAGAUCUAAUAUUGCAUGCAAGGGAUUGGUUUGACCCAUUUCAGAAAAGCAAUCAAAAUCUGUUUUGAUUCAAGAUUUGACAAACAUAAUAAACAAACCAUACUUUG